GUCACAGUUUACCUGGAUAAGCAUAGUUUUAGUGGAGAGACGAAGAUCAAAGUGAGCAGAAGAAAAGAUGCGAAGUAAGGAAUGGAGACAUCUCUUUUGAGAAUUUCUUUGUUGGGUGGUUAAGUGGAGAAAGGGCAGACAAAGAUGUGAAGAUGAAAUAAUGUGUGAAAUCUUUAUGUAAAUUGUCAAUGCUUUGUAAGUGUUAGGCUUAUUUUGUUAUUUAUUCUCGACCUCCUCGGCACUUCAAACCACAAUGUGAAGAAUCACUAAGACGUUACCACUAGUCCCCCGCUUCCAGACUAUUAAGGCGCAGAGUACUAUCUCUACCCAAUGAAAAGCCAAGAAAUAGGAGACGGCUUUAAAAAACGGAACCGAAAACUUUUGGGGGUGUGGAGAAAGGAGUAGUUGCUGAGUUAAUAUUGUCCUCCCUGCGCUACCGUAGCUCAGCUCUCGCAGCUUCUACGUCGUGUUAGAGGCGGAGCCGACAGGAAAUUUAAACAGAAACCGCGACCGGGGCGCCUAGAGAAUGAUAUUGUAGCGGCGGAACAACAACCGAGGUUCGAGAGUCUGAAAGCUCACGGAGCCCGUGAAGGUAGCACGGAGGCCUUGAAAAAGAGGCGACGAUUGUCUUGAGCUGGAAAGUUCCAUGGCCGAGAGUAGGCUCCGGGCUCCGGACCUAGGGGCUCAGCUGGGAGUUUCCAGUUGUCUGAAAAAAUGCCGGAAGAGCUCACCAGAUGCUAGAAGACAGCCCUUUUCUGGAAAGUCCUUUUACUUGGAUCUGCCUGCUGGCAAGAAUCUUCAGUAUCUGACAGGGGCCAUCCAGCAGCUGGGUGGGGUAAUUGAGGGUUUUCUGAGCAAAGAAGUAAGUUACAUCGUGUCCAGCCGCAGGGAGGCGAAGGCAGAGAGCAGCGGGACAAGCCAUAGAGGCCGCCCCAGCCCCAGCGAGGCCGGAGUGGAAACGCCAUCCACGGCUGAUCCAAAAGGCGACCAUCCCAGGCCUUCACAGAAACCCGCAGCCUUGGUGCUCAUGAGCAGAGGGAAGGAGCUGCUGCAGAAGGCCAUCGGGAACCAGGGGAGCGGCGGCGGCGGGAGCGGGAGCGGCAGCCUCCUGACCAGUGCCCGCUCCUGGGGAGUCGGGGUUCUGCAUGUGGACGAAAUGAUGGUGCAUGUGCAGCAGCUAUCUCUUGAUGCUUUAUGUGUGAGGAAACAAGGGCCAAAGAAGCCAGAGGGAACAUGUCCAGCAGAGUCAAGAACACGGAAAGUGGCCAGACUGAAGGCACCAUUCCUCAAGAUCGAAGAUGAGAGCAGGAAGUUUCGUCCUUUCCACCAUCAGUUUAAAUCCUUUCCUGAAAUUAAUUUUCUGGGACCCAAAGAUGCAAGUCCCUUUGAGGCCCUGACGACCCCAGGCAGCUCACACCAUACCAGAGAACCCAAGAACCGGGAGCCCAGCCCUGGAUCAGCUGCCCGUGCCACACCCAGGAGGAGGAAGGGUUACUGCGAGUGCUGCCAGGAGGCCUUUGGGGAGCUGUGUGGGCAUCUCCAGAGUGCCCGGCACCAGGGCUUUGCCCUAGAAGGCCAUCUGUAUGCAGAAGUCGAUCGGAUCAUCGCCCAGCUCAGCCACAGUUUGGCAAACAUUCCCUCCCAGGCCAGCCUCCCUGGGCAGCCAGGCUCCCCAGUUUCAGAUUGUAACCCUCAGUAUGCUGAGACUCCACCUGCCAGCCAGCCCUCCCAUUGCAGGGCAGCAUCUCCCAGAAUGAGGGAGGAAGAUGACCACCGGGCCCCAGGCACCCCAGGACUGGAUGGGAUGGUGGGUGACAUGAAGGCAUCAGCUGAACCUGUGGGAGCUGGCAAGACACCUGGACCAGAAACAAGCUGCCAGGAGGUGGGGGGGUUGGUUGAUGUCAUUGUGGACCCCCCAGGGACACCAGUGUCCAGGAGCCCUGCUCACCAGUGCCUCCUGACCAUCUCUGGUUUUGCAGACCCUGUCUCUGGUACGGACCUGGCACUUGUUGGCCAUAAGAGGAAGGUUCAGUUCCCUAGUAGCAGUGCUGAAAAGAGGCCAGGGGUGUCCUGGCCAGAGGCCUCCUUCUUUGUCCCAAGAGCCUCCAGCCCCUGUGCCACCAGGACAACCAGUGACAGGCAUUGCCUCUCCUUUCCCCUUCCAAGCCAUGCGUCCAGGCCUCAGGCCUUGUGCCACCCACAGACCUGCAUCUCCUUCCCAGACCCCUGCUCCUGGCAGCCCACAGGCAGGCCAGCAGAGUUCUGGGCCACACGGCCCCCCUGGCUUGGGGGAGGAUGGCCCCCAGGAUGUGAGGAUUCUGAGUAUGCAGCCCCUGGGCCUGUCUCCCGGCAGGCUGACCAGCUCUCCAGCUGCCCCACAGCUCCAGGCCAGCUGUCAGCCCACCUGCACUCAGCUGUGGGCAUGCAGCCCCCAGGAAGCCCCGCAGAGAGCCACUCCACCUCUCUCCCUGACCCUCUGCCAGCCAGUGGGGGAGCCAGCUGCUCCCAAUGGCUCUGGGCCCCCCAGCCUCUCCCAGUUCCCUGCUUCCCUGUCUCCCAGCCCCAGCCCCAGCCCCUGCCCAGCAGCAGCUGAGAACUGCUCCUGUGAGUCCCCCUGGGAUACACGGCAGCUCUGAACUCAAGGGCCAGAUACAGACACAAGUUACACUCAUGCAGGGUGCUGCCCACCUGGCCAGGGCCGACCAGCCACAAGAGCAGCAGCACCGCAGGCCCCCCCAAAGGAACCAGAAGGAGUACCCGACCUGGUGCUCAGAGGCCAAACGAACAGUUGUGGUCGAGCUCUGUGGGGCCAACAGAUCCAGGCCUCCCACCUGCCAGGACUUGGGGUAGGGCCAGGAGAGUGUGGGCUGGGGGCUGCCCUCUCCACCUCUACCUCCAGCCAUAGUCCUGACCAGGUGGCAAUCCAGGAUGGGUUGUUCAGCCAUGCCAGCUGCCCAUGCCAGGAGGCCGAGACAAGGUUGGCAUAGGGAGGGACCACAAAGAAGCUGGGGCAGCAGGAGCCCUGGCCUGGCUUCAUGUUCCUCUGCAGGCACUUGCCAGAGGCAAGAGGGCUCAUUGCUUGUAUUCCCCACCCCCCACCGCAGCCUCCCUUCCUGCAAGCAUGUGGCUCUCCUGCCUUCUGAAAUGCCUGUUGUGUCCCCUCCCCCAGCCCCCCACGCGCGUGCACACAGAUCCUCAGGAACAUACGAAGCAGAGGAGGGGCUGGUUUGUGGCAAUUAGAGAACUUCUUCCCCAGGCCCUUAGUGGGAGCCCAGCACUGCCUUUUGCCCUGGGCCCAAGACAGAGCCAGCACCCCCUUUGGGGACUCUUACCAGCUCUACCCUGCCUCCGUCUUGGCUGCCCACCUAGAGUUACUAGUCCCAGGGUCAGUGGCUCACUUGCCAACUUCUGCAUCACCCUCCUCCCUCCUUCCCCAAGGACCUCCCCCACUUUUCUUUCAGCCAAGCCACUAAUCUCAAGACGGAGAUGGGUUUGCUAUUGAUUCUUGAACCACUUUCUUUUUAUUAUAUUUUGUGCUGUGGUUCUUCUCACCUU